AUGGAGUAUCAUUAUUCCGAUCUUUGUCUAACAAGUGAUCAUCUCUUACCUGAUCCUUAUGCAUCUGAGUACACUCCUCAAUACUUAAUCCCAAAUCACAAUGCUGAAUAUGAAGUACGCAGCAGUGUCCUGGUGGAUGGAGGAGACAGGUUUGGGGUGACAGCUGCUGCUUUUGAUAAAUUUGAGGAAUUGGUGUGGAUGGGAAACCAGGGUGGUCAUGUCACAUCAUAUUAUGGGCCUAGUAUGCAGAAGUACACUUCUUUCCAAAUACAUGAGUCAGAAGAAGUCAGAGAUAUAAUUACUGUUGAGCAAGGAAUCUACGCAUUGACAAAGUCUAGUCUACGUCAUCAAAUUAGGAGAGGAAUCCCAAAAAAUACAUACAAGUCAGCAAACAUGACUGAUAUGCAAUGUUUGUACCAAGUUAGCACAACUAAAUUGCUGAUGGGUGGUCAUCAAGAUAAAUUGCUUGAGUUAGAUUUGACCAAGAUGAAGGAGAUAGUAAUACCAAUUCAAGAAGAAGGUUGCGCCGUCCUCCGCAGCGGAGGCGGGUCAUUAGUGGCCUGUGGUAGCGCCGAUGGGAUGGUCUCAUUGCGUGACAUAAGGUCCCCAAAAGCUACAGAACAUACAUUCAGGGCUCACAAUGCAUGCUUAUCGGAUUUGGACAUGCAGGGAGACUUGCUGAUCUCAUGUGGUUUUGCAGAUUCUGCGGGCGUUGCCGUAGCCGAGCCAUACGUUGUAGUAUGGGACGUGCGUUGCCUACGCGGCACACACACAGGCGGUGAGACCGCGUGGUCUCUACAGACCGCUUCGCCGCCGCUGCUGCUACACUUCUUGCCCGCUUUCUCGGGGCGGGCAGUAGCCGUCUCUGGCGACGGCCACGUGGCUUUGCUGCACGUCAACCAGCCGGCCGCCAACCAGUCGGUGUUUCAGGUGGAUACGCAAAGUUCCCUAUCAGUGAGUGUAAUGGACGUGUCUGCCACUAGCCAAGCCCUCGUGUUCGGAGAUAUGACUGGCCAUUUACACCUAUUCUCGCCGCAGCACAACCAUGAGCCUGUAUUUAACAAUUUCUCAAGAGCAACAGAAUUCGCAGAUCAAGUGGUCGGCUUACCGUACGUGAGCUUCAAAGAAACCACGUUUCAGUUUUCGACUGUGCCAUUACCACCAUUAAGUUCUGGAUCUAAAUGGUUCAACGAGUUGCCACCAGAGUUCUUCAAGAAAAACUAUAGGAAACCUAAACCAGUCGACCCCGAAGUUCUCAAAACGAUGAAAAUGCAAGGUCCCAUUGGAUAUGCGCCGAACCCUAGAAACUCUAGAAGGAAUCAGAUACCUUAUGUAGAAGAUACGCUGGAAGAUUUGAAUGCUUUGAAACAAACCGAAAAUAGAUACACUCCACAGCCCAUACCGAAACACUAUCAGAAGAUGGAUUUGCGAUAUAACAAACAUGGACCGAACGAUAUCGAUUUGGAGAAUUGCAAUAAGACAGGUUUUCCAGGGCUAGAAUCUACGAUGCCGAAUGCCUAUUGCAAUUCCAUGCUUCAGGUGCUGUAUUAUACGCAACCUGUUAAAUCAACACUGCUAGCGCACACAUGUGCCAAAGAAUUCUGUCUUAGCUGUGAAUUAGGUUUCCUUUUCCGAAUGUUGGAUACAUCAGGGGGCUCUCCCUGUCAAGCUAGUAAUUUUCUUCGGGCUUUUAGAACCGUUCCUGAAGCGGCUGCCCUAGGGCUUAUCUUGCCUGACCGGGGUUUAGAUGCAAGAGUCGAUCUAAUCGCACUGAUACAGAGUUGGAAUCGCUUCAUUCUGCAUCAAAUCCACUACGAGAUUUUAGAGACUCGAAAGAAAGAGAAGGAACUUGCUCUCCUCGCACAAAACAGUAGUCCGCCGAAAGCGCGAGCUAGCAACACCAAGCCCCUUGUUAGUAAUCUGGCAACACCAAACUUGAAUGGCCAGUUCUGUGAAGAGUAUCAAUAUACUGAAAUAGAGUUUCUUGGCCCUUCAACUGAGUUUGAUCAGGAGGAGAUAAGAGAAGAUGGCUGGCCCGUAAGAGAAGAAGGCGUUAGUGAAACGGAGCCGGUAUUAAGCAACGAGAACCACGAGUUACAAAACAGUCGGCACUCAGAGAGGGAAGAGUCGGAUAUCUCUCAGUUGUUCGCUAUAGGCCGCAACCAGUUGAAUCGCUGCCUGAAGUGUAAUAAAGAGGAAGAACGCGAUUCCGUAGUGUUAGCGUGUGCGCUCCAAUACCCAACCGGUGCGCCUAGAGAGGGAAGCGAAGCACGCGGCGGUUUCGUAGAACUAGUUCGCGCUUCGCUCGCGGCGAGGAGAAGUACUCCCGCGUGGUGUGAGAACUGUUCUAGAUUCACGCCUACUACACAGCGAGGGAGGAUAGUCAGAUUACCACCAAUACUUGCUAUCAACUGCGGAGGUCCUCACGAAAAGGCAUAUUGGGUGAAAGGAGCACAAAAAGAAACGCCCGAAGUGGCGAAACGGGGCGGAAGCGGUAAACCUUGCCGGUACGGACUGCAUUGCGCUCGUCCAGGUUGCAGAUUUAAACAUCCAGACAGGCCGACUUCAUCCCAGGCCUCGUCAUCGAAGAAUUCUCCACAAGAUUCACACUGUGUGUUGCCACAGCAGUUGCUCAUUCGACUGCAAUCCGAUGGUGACAUCAUUAUUAACGACAAGUCCCCCACCGAACCUCACACUCCUAACAAUCGAGCAGAAAGCAAGCACAAGAAGAAAAACGUGACCAUUCAAUCUGAAGAGGAAUAUACGCUAUCAGCAGCGAUAGUCUGCGUAGAAGACAAUCCUAAGAACUUGGUCGCUUACGUUCAAACGAGUAAAGAAGACGCCCAAUGGCAUCUAUUCAACGACUUAAGCAUCGUUCCGGUGACUGCGGAUGAGGUGAUACACUUCGGGGCGUGGUGGAAAACUCCGUGCGUAUUGUUCUACACCACCACAGCGGCGGUGACGAAACGACAAGCGGAAGAUACGCCGUCAUAGCCGACGUUGUUGUAUGGGCCGUAUGGCGACGCCGCUAUGGGCCCAUACAAAGUGAACGAGAUAUAUUACCACGUACAGCAAGAUGUCAACUACGGUUACGUUUAAAAAUUCCAUUAGGUAUUAGCUAGACAGAUUCCGAGAUAGAGCGAACUGAAAAGAAUGCAUAUUUUAAACAUUGUGAUAGGUAGUUAAGCUAGAACUUCUAGUAUUAAGAUAUGAACGAAAGGAUUGCAAAAUAUUUUUUUUACAAACUUUUGCGGACAGAGCCGAUAUUUUUAAAACGACAAAUCAAUGAGCGCUUCGCCUAUGCGUUGGAUCAAUGAGUUGAGAAUGUAACAAGCAUUUUCGACUUUAUUGUCAACGUGUCAAAGUAACUAGUUCCUUGCAAUUAAGUGUGAAAAGAAAUGUAUAACUCGUGUCAUUAAAAAAAGGUGUCAUUUCGAAAAUGCCGACUCAAGACAUUUUGUCUCUCUCGCUCGUUACUGUAAUGCCUGUAGCGUAACGCCCUCCUUGUUUGUAUAAACUCUUAUGUAAUGCCUACGGCUGGCAGUUGUAUUAAAAAGUAAAUGUCCUUAUUUUAAAGACUUGAAUAUGAGAAACUUCUGCCUCAUAUCGAAUAUUCUGGGAGAUAGAAUUCAAACACAGACUCUAACGGUUGACAGGAAGAUUUUUGUACAUAAUUUCAGAGUUUAAAUAAAAGAAGUGAAAGAUUACAGCAUUAUCAGUCGUAGUCACUGUAAGCUGCGUCCCCAGGGCUUCCCUUCAGGUAAGCCCUACAUUACUUAGGAUAGCAUUUGCGGAAGGGGCAGAGUGUCUUACAUCGUCAUUUGCGAUUCCUUUCUUUAAUGACACUAGUUAUAUAUGUAUAUUUCUGCACAACUCGUUCAGAGUAUAAGAUGACAAUAGCAUUUUGUAUGUUCGACUCCAUAAGUGUCGUGAAAUAGGUAGAUAUAGAGUGCAAAGCGUUUUCUAUGUAAAAUGUAUGUUAAGAAAGUAUUUGGUAACUGUGCUUGCUUUGGUACGUCCAUAUUUUGUGAUGCGAGUCAUGAGUGUACUUAUUGGCUAUAAACGAAUAGUUUUAUUAAAAGAAAACAGUCGCAUUCAGCAGACUAAGAAUUUAUUUAUUUAAAUGAAAGGUCUGGUUAAUACGAGACAUUGUUAAAAUGUUUCUUUGAUUUUAUCAACCCGAAACGUGUAAUCUAUAAUGAGAAUAUAGUUUAUUAGAAUGUUACUAGGGGGAGUGUACUUAUUUCAUUGAAUUAGGGCCUAGUUAGUAGUGAGUAAUAAACGAAGAAUUAGCUUGUAUUCGUUACUCCAUGUUUUGUCUUUGGUUCAUUGAAUUUUAAAUUUGCUUUUGAGUUCUACGAACAAAUUACGGUGUAACUAGUCUAAGCUUUUUUCUCGUUUAUUAAUAAGGGCUUUUAUGUUUACCAUAAAAACAUAUUUUUUCUUCUAUCAUAAUAGGUAUCCAAUUUAAAAAUAUAUUUAUUAAUAUAAAUCAAUAAUUUAUUGAAUUAAUGAAAACAAAGGUUGGGUAUUACAAUUUUACUUAUUUUAUAGCGAAAUUGGCAACGUGUCGUAUUGGCUGACCUAUUAUUUAUUGUUUUAUUUCCAAGAGUCUGUUGCAUCAUGUGUUCCUAUGUACAGCAAACUAUGAGUAAUUACCAUUGGAAAGUGAAAACUUUAUGAUACAAACGCAUGUAUAAUAAACUCUGAUUUCUCACUUUCUAUACGUCUGUCUGUCUCUCUCUCUCUCUCUUCAGUCUGAGUCUUCGUUCAAUCCUUUGGGUAUAAGCCUCCUUUACUAUACGUCACUUGUCACGGUUUUUUACAACUUAACCUUGCCUUUCCUUUUAACGUGAUCGCAUCUGGGGUCUUCCUAAAAGAAACUAUAAUUAUUUCCGUUCCAUGACAGCAAGGAUCACAUUAACCACAAUUCAAAGUCAAUUUUUGCGAAGUAUGGAUAGUCCAAUAGAUCUAUCGAUAGUGACGAUUCUUUGUUGACUUUAUCGAUAUACCAUCGAAACUAUUGUUUCAUAAAUAUCAGUAGUAACACAUACUACAAUCGAAAUUUUUUGAACAAUACUGUCCAGGUCCAAUUGAUGAACUAUUCUUUGGAGAAAGGGAGAAUAAAAGUCAAGAUUCUAUCGAUAAUCCAAGCUAUAGCUGCAAAACUAAUGCAAUAGAAGCAAUGCAUCGUGAUGAAUUAUAAAGUUUUCUUUUUCCUGGAUUCUUAAUCUCAAAUUUUAUGCUCAGAAUUUUAUACUUAACGAAUUAUUAAAUGUUGGUUUUUCAAAAUCUGGUGUGGUCGGAAUAUACCUUUACAUAAAGACUUUCUGAAAUAUUUUAUUCUCGCCUUUAGCACACCGACGCAGCUAAACGCUAUAGCGGAACUGCGGUAAUCUGUCGUUCACUAUAUAUGCUCAAUACUUUAUGCGAUUAAUAUAUAUUGCAUAUGUUGCACCUGGACAGAUAGACCGUUUGUGAUUUCCUAUAAUUUCGUCUAUAUCAACGGCAAAAACGGGGUUCGCGAAUAACUCGAGAUAUGGCUCAUACGUUUCAUAUGCAAUAUAAAUUCUUACGCGCAGCGAAGAUAUGCGUGGCAACUCCGAACGCGGCCAAGAGCCACGGAGCGGAGCACGGCGUUUUUAAGGCUAUUCUGCGGUUGAGCUGUAUGUAUCAAACUCACUCAAAAAUCAUUUAUUCAAUCUAGGCUGUUAUAAGCCUUUGUGAAGGUUGAGAAGCUACGCCAUCGGUUCGCAAAACUACGGCGGGAGACCUUGUACUGAGAAUGACCGGUAUUCAGCGCCUCUUCUGGUCUGCUCUGCGCUAUAGUGUACGAAAGAUUACAGCUAUUUUGUUACCGCGUUUCGCCGCGUCAGUGUGCUUGCUAAUGGCAAUAUUCAAACUAAGUAACAAACAAUAUUUGGGUUUAUAGAAUGGAAAUAUAUAUCUUGUCUUUUUAAAGUUUCCGUACGGUACGGUACGCAGCCCUAUUUCUUCGUUGGCCUUCAGCUUAUCCGUCCGUUUAUCUGUCGAGUGUUUCUUUCUUACUUCUAUCUUUUUAUCUUCAUAAGACCCUUUAGCUCGAUGACUAGAAAUAAAUUUAUUAAUACUGAAAUGAGCACAAACGUUCCAUUUUUUAUGAUCCCAAAUAUUGUUUGGAGAUAAUUAUUUACAAACAAAUGUAGAUUUUACUCUACUUUUUAAUAUUUAUGAACUAUCAAAUUAAAUUUUUAUCAUUACGGUUGUGACAAGUUUAAUUUGUUUGUAAACGUGUUAUAAAAUAUUAAUUUAUUAUGACAGGUCCGUUUGUAAUAUAUUUAAACUUUUGUUGAUCAUCACAAUCAGUAUUUUAGAUUCUCAUAAAUUAUGAUCGAUCCUACGCUUAAAUUACGGUGGCUGGUUUAUUUAAAUAAAGGCAAG